CGUCCAGAAAAAAAAAACCACUCCUCCAUUCCCCACUUCCUCCCCAAACCAAACCCUCGCCGUCGGCCCGCUCCCCCUCCACCGGCGGCCAUGGACGAACCGCAGGUCAUCAUCGGCACCUCCAGGAGCGAUAUGCUCGCCAGCAUUGAGCGCAACGGCCGACACCCUGACACGCUGGAUCUCGGCUCCAACAUGAUGCUCUACAUGGUGUACCGCUACCUCCCGGCCCCGCCCGUCUCCCCCACCGCCACCCUCUCGCUCGCCGCCGCGUCCUGGGUCCCCGACGGCGUCGACCGCAUCAGCCGCCUCCCUGAUGUGCUCCUCCGCGACAUCAUCUCCCGCCUCCCCGCCAAGGACGCCGCGCGCACCGCCGCCUUCGCCUCGCGCUGGCGCCCGCUCUGGCGUUCGGCGCCCCUUUCUCUUGUCGACAGCCAUCUGCUUCCGGACGGCGGCGCGUCCGGCCCGUUCAUCAUCGGCGCUCCCUCUCCCCGCGCCGUCACCGCCGCGGUGUCCAGCGCCCUCGCGGCGCACCCGGGGCCUUUCCGCUGCGUCCACCUCACCUGCACCACCAUGGACGAGCACCGAGGCGAGAUGGCCCGCUGGAUCGACACCCUCAUCGCCAAGGGGGUCAAAGAUCUCGUCUUUGUCAACCGCCCUUGGCCGAUUGAUCUGCGCCUCCCCGCCACGCUCUUCAGCUGCUCCACCCUCACCCGCCUCUACCUCGGCGUCUGGAGGCUCCCGGACACCGCCGCCGUGCCGCGCGGUGUCAGCUUCCCCAACCUCCGGGAGCUCGGCCUCUGCUGGAAUGUCAUGGAGGACCGUGACCUCGCCUUCAUGCUUGAAAGAAGCCCCGUCCUGGAGAUCCUGGUCAUCAUGGCCAGCCAGACCGGAGUGCGCGUUCGCCUCGUCAGCCGCAGCCUGCGCUGCGUUCAGCUCGGCCAUACCUUCUUGGAGAACAUCGAGGUGGUGGAUGCCCCUCUCCUGGAGAGGCUCUUCCAGUGGCAAACUGUCGCCGCGCAGGGUUGCCGCGUCAUGGCGAACCGCUCUUUCAGAAUCAAGAUUGGGCGUGCACCUAACCUGCGUGUCCUGGGAUACCUUAAGCCAGGAGAGCAAGAGUUGGUCGUCGUGUCUGGGAACAAGGAGAACAUUGUCCCUAGUGUACAGAUUUUGGCCAUGGAGGUGCCAUUCGGUGUCCGCAAUGCUAUCAAGAAAGUGCCAGGUUUUCUGCGCUGUUUCCCCAACCUGGAGACGCUCCAUGUUCAAUCCCCCCGCAUACGUGAGGAGUCCACCAGCAAGGUCAAUCUCAAGUUCUGGCAGGAGGGCGGUCCCAUCAAAUGCGUGGUGCAGAGCAUGAAGAAGUUGUUCUUCUACGAGUUCCGAGGGUCGAGAAGCGAGCUUACUUUCCUCAAGUUUAUCGCGGAGAGAGGUCGGGUGCUGGAGCAGAUGGUGGUUGUGCUGGCCAGUGAGUGUUUCUCCACGGGUGAUAACGUGAAUGCCAAGCUGAAGCCUCUGGCCGAUGCGAAAUGGAGCAGCAAAGCCUGCAAACUAGAGCUCUUCAGGAGCCCACUCACAAAUGUUUCUGGUCCUCGUCACAACCACGAACUAGCUGCUGAUUUUGGGUUUGCUGACCCUUUUGAUCUCAAGUACUACUCCAAAGCAGAAAGGAUCUCUGUAAGUUGAUUAGCAGCUCUUGUACAAGUAUACCUAUUUGGCAAGCUGUGGAAUGCUUGUUUCUGCGAAGUGAAGUUUUGUGUGGGAUGUGGCUGGACGCAUAACACAUCGAAUUAGAUCGUCUCCGCCUUUAUUUUGGUUAUCUAGUGGUAAUGAUCUUUGUGGUUA